GCUGGGGUACACUUAUAGGAGGGGUCACAUUUACACAAUCCAGCUCGACUUCUUAUAUUCGUGUACUGUAGCUAGGACGGACACCAUCCAAUUUUUCACUCUACAGGUUUCCUGCACGCGAGACUUUACAAUAUAACCAGAGUUUCUUGUGUCGUAGUUUGAAUUGCAGCAGUCCUUUUGGAAAGAGCGAGGCCUUAAAAGUCUUCCAAACUUCCGACAUAUUGAUUUAAUUGAAAGUCACCAUGGCUGUAGAAGGAGGAGCGAAAUGUGUCAAAUACCUGCUCUUUUUCUUUAAUUUCAUCUUCUGGCUGUGUGGCCUGGCCUUAAUAAUUAUUGGGGUAUUGGCUAAAGUUCCUGUCAACACCUCGGCCAUCAUCAAAGGAUACGCCGGGUCUCCUCUAUUGCUGAUAGUGGUGGGAGUCAUCAUUUUCUUCAUUGCAUUCUUUGGCUGCUGUGGCGCCUGGAAGGAGAAUCAGUGCAUGAUCGCCAUGUUUGCUGUUUUUCUCUCCUUCAUCAUCAUCAUUGAAAUCGGAGCCGCCAUCGUUGGAUAUGUCUUGUUGGGAACUAUGACUGAUGUACUGAAUAAAGGCUUUGACAUCAUGGUCACAGAAUACAAUGAAACCGAAAACAGUCGAAUCCUAGAUACUUUACAGCAAGAUUACAAGUGCUGUGGAAAAAACUCGUCUGUUGAUUGGUUGAACUCAAAAUUCUUGGCUCCCAAUUCAGUCCCAGACUCCUGCUGUAAAAAUGUCACUCAGAAUUGUGGUGAAGGAGCUAUCCGAGACACCAGUAAAAUCUACACGGAAGGAUGUCAGCCUAUUCUGGACAAGUUUCUAAAGAAGAACUUCCUGAUGAUCGCUGUGACAGCUCUGAUCAUUGCAUUUGUGCAGAUCACAGGCAUUGUGUUGUCCUGCAUUCUGAUACAAGCCAUCCGUAAUGGCUAUGAGGUCAUGUGAUCACAUCUAGUUACAGCACUUCACCCAUAUCAGCACAUCACUUACAGCUUUCAGAGACUGUUCAGGUGUUAAUAGCAAUUAUUAUCCCCUUGCUGUGUAAGACGAGAGUACUCAUUUUCUUUGAGAAUGAAAUAUCUAUGACGUCUGUGCUUCUAUGACUAAUCCAGUAGAUUAGUCUCCUGUUAAGUCUCAGAUUUAUACUUUAGACAUUGUUUUAAACUUGAUCUUUACCGCAGUGACAUUCCUUUGGGUUACAGGACAACAAUCAAUUACCGAUAUGCCAAAUUUUAUACAUUAAUAGAACAUUCUUGUCGAAAUAAUAAAAUGUUCUAAACAA